GCUGCUGUGUUUUUGCGACAGUCGUAUUCCGGAGCGCAGUAAACACGAUGGCGUCCAGCAGCGGGUCCAAAGGAAACGAGUUCAGGAGAAAAUGGGACAAAGACGAGUACGAGAACCUGGCCCAGAAGCGGCUGAACGAAGAGCGGGAGCGAGAGAGGAACCGAGAUGCCAAAGCUCUGGCUCCUCCGGUCAAACGAGACCUCCUCAAACACAGAGACUACAAAGUGGAUCUGGAGUCCAAACUCGGCAAAACCAUCGUCAUCACCAAAACCACGCCACAGGCCGAGAUGGGCGGAUAUUACUGUAAUGUUUGCGACUGUGUGGUGAAGGACUCCAUAAACUUUCUGGAUCACAUCAAUGGAAAGAAACACCAGAGGAACCUGGGCAUGUCGAUGCGCGUGGAGCGAUCGUCUCUGGAUCAGGUGAAGAAACGAUUCGAGGCCAAUAAAAAGAAAAUGGAGGAAAAGCAGAAAGAGUACGACUUUGAGGAGCGAAUGAAGGAGCUGCGAGAAGAGGAGGAAAAGGCGAAAGCGUACAAGAAGGAGAAACUGAAGGAACGAAAGCGCCGCGCGGAGGAGGAGCUCGACUUGGAGGAGGAUGACGAGAUGGCCGCCGUCAUGGGCUUCUCCGGGUUCGGCUCCUCCAAGAAGAGCCACUGAUGCCCCGGGUGCCCUCCCACAGCAAAGAGCCAGAUGCCCACAGCCUGGACGGAAGGGCCACAACUGCAACAUGGACUAAAGAGCCAGAUGCCCUCCCAGCCCCUCUGUGUGUCAGAUGUCUCCCCUCUGCUCAUUUCCCUCCUUUGGUUUCUGGUUUCUUGACAUCUGGAGUCUGGUCUUGGAUUCUAGACUUGGAUUUUGGUCCCAAACUUGGACUGUGUCUCAGAUGCCCUCCCAUCCUCCUCACAGAUGGACAUGUCUUUUUUGUUCAGCCACUGUGAAAGAAAUUAUGGGGAAUUUUUUUUUGUUUUGUAAAUGAAAAGAGGUUAAAUCUGUUAUCCCUGCAGUUUAGACCUCUACAAACAUGUUCUUAGAUUAGUUAAACGUUCAGAUUUCUGUCUUUAAAGGUGCACUGCGAAACCUUUUUCUGUUUAGACUGUUUGUGAUAAAUUUUGCAGCAUCAUGUGACAUUUCUUCACAGGAAGUCAAAACUUAAAAAUAUCUUGGCUCUGAAAAGCACCGAAUCAUUCACAAACUUCCCCAGUGCUCAAACCACAUCGCAUUUUACUCUCUCCAAGAGCAGACGGGAGGGCAUCUGACACACACGGGGAGGGCAUCUGACACACACGGGGAGGGCAUCUGACACACACGGGGAGGGCAUCUGACACACACGGGAACAUUUCAGAACAUUUUGUAGACGUUUAAACUACAGGGUCAGCAGCUUUUACACAAAAUAAAACCACAAUGUUGACACUUAAUAUAUUAGAUGGUCUCCGGUCUCUGGUCGGGUCUCUGGUCGGGUCUCUGGUCCGGGUCUCUGGUCCGGGUCUCUGGUCCGGGUCUCUGGUCCUGGUCUUGCUCUACAUGUUAGUCCAUGAGUUAUUUUAAAGACUGUGUUUAUAUUAUUUUAGUUUGAGUUUUAUUAUUGUAAUAAACAGAUCGGGUUUGUAAAGA